GUCAGUGUCUGCAGACGGACGAGGAGGAGGAGGAGGAGGAGGAGGAGGAGGACGUCUCUCUGACCUCAUCUGGACUUUAACAGGUAACUGGAACACGAACCAUAUCACCACUGUUAGGUGCAUAAACCCUGGACCAACCUUUGACCUAAGAUUGGUCUCACUAUGAGUCAUGUAUUUGAGAUACAUUUUACUUUAUUUUUUUAACCAGAGACAGACUGGUGGAUAUAUCUCCAGACUUUCAAGAAGCCGAACCCAACACAGCGCUGCAAUCAUGGGUGAAUGGGGCUUCCUAAGUGGAAUCUUUAAUAGCCUUCAGGCCCACUCGCCAAUGCUUGGUCGUUUCUGGCUCUUACUCAUGCUUGUCUUUCGGAUACUGAUCCUAGGAACUGUAGCCAGUGACCUGUUUGAUGAUGAGCAAGAGGAGUUUGUCUGCAACACCCUCCAGCCGGGCUGCAAACAGGUGUGCUACGACAUGGCCUUCCCCAUCUCCCAGUACAGAUUCUGGGUGUUUCACAUCGUCCUCAUCGCUACACCUUCUCUGGUUUUCCUUAUGUAUGUCAUGCAUCAUCACAAGAAGAGGACCAGCCGCUCCAAUUCCAGCAAAUUUAACAGCCAGGACUUCAGAGAAGAGAUCCAUUUAAGGAGGCUUUACCUUAUCAAUGUGGCCUUCCGCAUAUUGGCAGAAAUUGGCUUUCUAGUGGGCCAGUGGCUGCUCUACGGCUUCAAGGUGGAGUCCCAGUAUCCCUGUAGCCGUUUUCCUUGCCCCUACACAGUGGACUGCUUCACCUCCCGCCCUGCAGAGAAAACAGUCUUCCUCUGCUUCUACUUUGCCGUGGGGUUGAUAUCAGCGAUUUCCAGCUGUGCAGAGCUUUUCUACAGCUCCAUGAAGUGGUUCCGCCCAAACAAGCAGCCCUUCACCCCGGAGCCUUCCUACAACAUGGAGCAAGAGGAGCCGGAGGCAGUGGGGAAACCUCGAUGGAAGACGGUUCCAGAGAGCUUGUCCAGUAGCGUGAGUCUGAAAGGAGGAUCACUGAGGAGCAGCACCAGUAGGAAGGUCUCCAGCAUCGGCCACAAGCACAGGGGAGGCAAAUAUGCAAGCACAAGGACAUUCAUGGUGUGAGACGGCCUUGAUUCAAACACACUGCAAUCACUUAUUUUUUAUCUAAAUGUUAUAACGAUAAGUACUGCAUACAAUAAUACUAAAGUAUUUCACAGUUAACGAGGGAAGGAAUUUUCAUGAUGGUACUAUCAUAAGGAAAUGCCUUGGAGACAGUCAUCAGAUCAGCAAACGAGGAAAGACUUUUCUUGGAAUAUACAGUAUUUCAACUUUUUCAAACCCUUAACACAUUUAUUAGAAAGCUCCCGCUGCACGCUGUCUAACUUCCAAAGAAACCUUUAAUGAUCCCUAGCUAGAUGAACAGUGGAGCAGUGGAUAUGACACAAGUCUAAAUGACAUGUAAUGUAAAUGAUGAAGACCUCUACGGGGCCCCGAGCCACAGCUUGGACUGUCUCUGGUCCAGUUUAAAUAAUGUUUUCUCUCCCGCUGCAGCGCUCCAUUUGUGUGUAUGUGUGUGUGUGUGUUUAUGUCUGUAUGUGUGUGUGUGUGUUUAUGUCUGUAUGUGUGUGUGUUUGUUUCUGUGUGUGUGUCUGUGUGUCUGUGUGUGUGUGUGUGUGUGUGACGGAGGUCAUGAGGCUGUCCAUCAAACCUGUGGAGGCGGCGUGAUGUUACUGUAGAAAUAACAUGGUGAGAAGACCUGAGAGAGACAGACAGUUAUCAUACUGAACACACAGACAGACAGACAGACAGACACACAGACAGGCACUAGGGAUGGGCGAUAGAGACGAUACAAAAUUGGCCUACGAUAGAGAUUUUAGUGAUAUUGCACUAUCGCGAUAAUUCAUGUUGAUGACGCAAUCUACCCGCGAAGUCUAGAGCCAUGAGCUGCAACCGGCUGCAGCGCAUCAUCUUGAGUAAACAUGGCUGAAAGUAACACGGAGGAGCUGGUGAAAAAGACCUUCAUCCAUCCAUUAAGCUGCUACAACGCAGCUGUGGUCGAGCCGUACCAUGGAGCCUUUCACCAGCCUGACAACUCACUAUAUAU